UGGGCGGGGACGGGGCGACUUUUACCCUAGAAACACCCGCCAGAGAGUUGAGUAAACCACGCACACACCCAGGAGGAACAGAAUACAGCAGCACCACUCCUUAAGAAGCGGAAACAGGAAGGCUUUAGAGUCAGUCUGUGUGGAGACAUGGAGUGUGAGACAUGCUCCUUGACUGAGUUCCAGAUAAUCCAGCGCUUCUUGGAGAACGACGAGGAGGCUUUACGUGCCUUCGAAGAGCAUGGAGUAAUACCAACUCAGAGGCAGUGCGGUAACUGUGGGCGUCAACUGUCUCUCAGGUCUGACAAAAGAGCUUUCCAGUGCUACAAGCGUAUGAAAAUUCCCAAAACCAAGCGAUAUAAACGCUGUGACUUCUACGCCUCCCAGUUCAAAGGCACGUGGUUAGAGAAAGCGAAGUUAUCUCCCAGCGCCAAUAUUGUGUUUGUUAACGCUUUUUUGAGGAAGACAUUCUCCCAUGCACUGUGUAAACAAAACUUGGGUCUGUCACCGCACACUGUUGUCAUCUGGAAAGGCUUCUGUGCGGAGGUGUGCGAGGGCUGGCUGAAGGAACAGGAGCCUAUUGGUGGUCCCGGGAAAGUGGUGGAGAUCGCCGAAAGCAUAUUUGGGGAGAGAAAACUCGACACUGGACGUACUGUUGACGGCGUGUGGGUGUUUGGGGGGAUCGAACGGGAAACUUGCCGCAGCUUCAUCCUUCCCGUUGAGGGCUGCGACGCUGCCACCCUCAUUCCCCUCUGCCAGAAAUUUAUCCUUCCCGGCACCACGAUACACACUGACAAUUGGGAGGCAUAUAACACCCUUGGCGACUUAGAUUACGUGCACCGGGUCUAUUCCCUGCACUCCGAGACCCCAGACACUGAGAUCCAUACAAAUAACAUAGCACGGCUGUUGACGGACAUCAAGACUCGGGUUCCAAGGAAUAAAAAUCACCAUUACAGGCAGUAUCUCGUGAGGUAUCUCUUUCUGUACAGCCACCCAGACCAUAAAACCAUCUUCCACCGCUUUCUCAGGCAGAUUGCACAACUUUACCCUCCACCCAAGUAGGAGUGAGUGAACGGAACUUACGAUAGAAACAGUGAUAUCCCAAAACAAAAACAAAGAUAAACAUUGAUGAGAGGAAUUAAAAGCAGGAAAGAUCGUUGCAAAGUUCUCGUGCAGCAAAGGAAUAACAAAUGACAUUGGGGUUACAGGAGUGAGCGAACAGAACUUACGAUAGAAACAGUGAUAUACAAAAACAAAGACUAACAUUGAGAGGAAUUAAAAGCAGAAAAAGAUCAUUGCAAAGUUCUCGUGCAGCAAAGGAGUAACAGAUGACAUUGGGGUUACAGGAGUGAGUGAACGGAACUUACGAUAGAAACAGUGAUAUUCCAAAACAAAAACAAAGAUAAACAUUGAUGAGAGGAAUUAAAAGCAGAAAAAGAUUGUUGCAAAGUUCUCGUGUAGCAAAGGAAUAACAGAUGACAUUGGGGUUACAGGAGUGAGUGAACGGAACUUACGAUAGAAACAGUGAUAUACAAAAACAAAAACAAAGAUAAAGAUUGAUGAGAGGAAUUAAAAGCAGAAAAGAUCGUUGCAAAGUUCUCAUGUAGCAAAGGAAUAAUAGAUGAUAUUGGGGUUACAGGAGUGAGUGGCCGUGACUUGUGAUAUGAACGUAAUUUGUGAUAUGGGCAUAACUAGUGAUAAAAAACAAUAACAAAAACAAGCAUUCUCUGGCGUCCGUACUGUCGCCCCCAACACAACACGAUGAGUGGAGAGGCGCUUGUGAGGCAACUGCGGCAGCUUGGAGCACCGGGGUCUGAGGACUUGGUGGGGGAGGUUUACGACUGGCUGUUCCUCAGGGCCAAGAGGGACCCGCUCGCCACCUUCCUCGAUUGGUUCAUAGAAAAUGUCUCGGAGAACAAUAUGCUCACCGAGGAGGAGCUCAGCGAGUUUGAGGCACUGGAGGCAAGGGGCGAGGCGAUGAGUGCCACACAGCUGCAGGAGAUGGAGGUGGCACUGUCCGUCGUGCCCUCCCUCCCCGGGGCCUUGCAGCAUGCCGUGGAGGAGCCGCUACCCUCGCCGGAUGAGCUGAGCGCCCUGGAGGAGGAGCUGGAGCUGCUUACCAUGAGGAGGAACAUGAUGAAUGCACACAAGAUUGAGCUGCGCGAGGAGACUUACCAGCUUAGUCAGCGAGCCCAGCGUGGCCGUGCUGAGCUGCGGCACCAGGUGGAGGCCGCCGCCAGUGCCAGCCACCACCUCAGUAAAGCCCAGCAGUGCCUGGCCCGGGUCAUGGAUCAGCACCUCAGCACCUACCACAAGUUUGGGGAAGCUACAGAGGAUGAGGCCGUGUUCUUCGCCCAGAUGGACCUGGAGGAGUGGUUCAGGGAGGAGGACAAGUUCACCGACCUGCUCACCACAUACAUACAGAGGCAGUUCAAGGCGGGCGUGGGUGUGGUGGCCGGCACGGAGGACUCAUCACAAUACGUGCUCCUGGACCUCAACAAAAUGGACCUGUCUCUGGUGCGCGGCGCUGGGGAGGAACAGUACUGCCGGAACCUGGCCGAGCUGCACCGACUCAACGCCCUGCUGCCACGUACGGAGGAAUGGCGUCUGUGCGGUCUAAUCCAGCAGGCGCGGCGGAAGGCUGAAGUGGAGGAGGCUGAGCGGCUUCUGGCGGCCCUGCACCGCGGACACCUGCCCUCGGACAUGGCCGUCAUAAGGCAGCAGACGGAGGACGCCCAGGAGUGUCUCGGGAUGGUGGCCAAAGAGUUCCAGCAGCAGCGGCGGGCCAUGCAGGGUGUUCUGGCGGAGGUGGCGCAGCUGGAGGGCACGCGCACCAUCUCAGGCGACUACGAGCUCAAACUGCAGCGCCAGGAAUACUUCAUCGCCAAGCAGAAGAACGUGAUGGAUGAGUUGGUGUCCCAGGUAGCGCGGCACAACUGGGUCAUCAUCGCGCUGCAGACGGAGGGCGAGCGCGUCAACAACAUGCUGCAGGUGCUGAGGGUCGUCAACAGCAGGAUGACAGAGAGGGACGCAGACUACAAGGACAGGAUGGUUCAGCUCGAGACCAUUCUGAAGGAGAGUGAGGAGGCGAGGGCAUCAGGCAGCCUCCCCCGCCCCCUGCACACCCUGUCCCUGCUGCUGGUGGGGCCGCCGGGGCAGGACAGGGCCAGGUCGGGGGGUGGAGAGGGUGCCAAGGAGCUGCUUCUGAGGCAGGUGGAAGGGCUGCUGUCGGCCCUCACUGUGGCUCAGGACCAGGUCGCCACCAUCAUCAGCCCACAGUUCUCCUCACUCACUCAGAAGUUGGGCAUCUGUGAGGUGCUGGAGGCGAGGUUGUUUGGCAGUGCGGGCAACCUGCAGGCGCUGCCCCUGGCCUGGCUGGACGUUGCCCUGGCCACCCGUUGCACCACUGCCGAGCAGAGGGCCUGGGAAUUCAAGAAGAAGCUCAUUGACAUCAUAUCCCAGUACGAGAAGAAGAAAAAGGUCCUCCAGAUAGACCCGACCAUGAACCAGGACUUCAGGAAAUGGACCACGGACAUUUUGAGAAAGGUUAACUAAAUAGAUUAAGCUGAUAAGUUAAGUAUAUAUAUUGUAUUUUGGUUAUGAAAGCAAUAAAGUUGGUUGAGCAGC